AAAGCUAGGCAUGUAUGAUGUAUCCAAUGAUUUUGAAGAACUUUUCUUCCAUGGCUUUUCUACAUAUUUUCUCUUCAUAUUUUUUUUUCUUUCAUAUUACACAUCACAUAUUUCAAUUCUAUGUUUUUUUUUUCUUAUAUUGGAUUAGAUGUCAGUCACACUGUGCACACAUUUCCCCCCCUUCCAAAACCUAUAUAAAAACAACACGACACAGCAAUCUUCUCUAGUGCAGCCAGAAAUCAAAACAUAGAAUGUGGACGAUGCUCUCUUCUUCCCUCCAAACGCAAACAUUCUUCCACAAUCCAAUCCCAAACCUCCAACACCAACCCACCACAACCAGAAGAAUCUCCUUCAUCUCCCUCAAAACCUCACAACCACCACCACCAAAAUCCUCCUCUCCCCAACCCAACAAAACCCAAGAAGAUGGCAUCCCCGUAGAAGACGUCAAAAUCCUCGCCAAGUUCAAGUCCCGACACAACUACAUCCGCGUCCUCGAAGUUUCCCGAAAAGCCGACCACCCCUUCCGCGGCUCCCGCCUCCUCCUCCUCGACGCCCCCGGAAACAUCCACAGCAUCUCCUUCCUCUUCAAGCCGCUCACCAACACCUACUUCGACGUCUUCGCCACGCUCCCACCUCUCCUCCCGCCCGGCCCCAUCGCCGUCCUCGGCUUCGGCGCAGGCUCCGCCGCACGUCUCCUCCUCGAGCUUUACCCCGACGCGGUGGUCCACGGCUGGGAGCUCGACCCCUCCGUGAUCCAGGUCGCGCGGGAGUAUUUCAACCUGGCAAAGCUCGAGAGGGAGCACAAGCGGAGGCUGUUUAUCUACGUCGGGGACGCUCUGGCGGCGAGUGUCCCGGAGGGAUUCUCCGGGAUCAUGGUGGAUUUGUUCGCGAAGGGGAGCUUGUUACCGGAGCUUCAGGAGGUUGCGACGUGGGAGAGGCUGAGGAGCUGUUUGAGGAAAGGCGGGAGGAUUAUGGUGAAUGUUGGAGGGAGCUGUGUGGAGGCGGAGAAUCGGCUCCGGGAUGGGAAGGUUGUGAUGGAGGAGACGUUGAAGGCGAUGAAGGUGGUGUUUGGGGAGAAGCUUUUUGUUCUUGGACUUGGGAAUCGGAAGGAUGAUAGUUCUCUUGCUCUCACUGGGAAUUUGCCUCAAGGUGAUGCAUGGAAGAAUGCUCUUCAGCCUCCUUUGAGAUAUUAUGUUGAUUUAUGGACAACAUUUUCUGGGUGAACACUCUCAUGAUGUUGCUCGCCAAGUGUUUGUGUUUAUUCCUCUGUGAAAUGUAUUUUUCAACCCUUGGUGUUGAAGGAAGAAGGAUAUGGUGAUUGUAAUGUAAACUACUCCAAUUGUAAGCAAGGUUCAUAAAGUAAAGUAUGCACUUGAAGGGUA